GAGUUUCUUCUUCAUAUUCUGACACUGUAGUAGUAUUACUAAUGGUGUAAAUAAAAAUGAACUGACACAUCACGUGUUACCUUAACACUUUCAAAUGUCACUUUAAUUUCAUUUCUUUAUCCACGCGCCAAUUUUUUUUCUUUGAUCAUUCGAGUCUCUCUGUUUUCUUGUGUUUGUUUUCUUUCACUAUCACAGUGUACCAAUUCAUUGCUCCAUCUUUAGAUCUAUCUCCCCCAUUGUUGGAGUGUGUGUUAAGGAAAUGGGGUUAAUUUCCAGGAAGAUAUUUCCUGCUUGUGAGAGUAUGUGUGUGUGCUGCCCUGCAUUGAGGUCCAGAUCUCGACAGCCAGUCAAACGAUAUAAAAAACUGCUUGCUGAGAUUUUUCCCAAGUCUGAUGGCCCUCCAAAUGAAAGAAAAAUUGUCAAGUUAUGUGAAUAUGCUGCAAAAAAUCCAUUUCGAAUUCCAAAGAUUGCAAAAUAUCUUGAAGAAAGAUGCUGCAAGGAACUUCGAAGCGAGCACAUCAAAUGCAUUAAAACUGUCACAGAGACUUAUAAUAAGUUGCUUUCUGUAUGCAAGGAGCAAAUGGCCUACUUUGCUAGUAGUUUGUUGAAUGUUGUCAGUGAACUGUUGGACAAACCUAAGCAGGAUGCUUUUCUGAUACUUGGAUGCGAGACCUUAACAAAGUUCAUCUAUAGUCAGACAGAUGGAACUUAUGUGCAUAACAUUGAAAAAUUUGUUCAAAGAGUAUGUAAUUUGGUGCGUGAGCAUGGGGAGGAACAUCAUACAAGCCACUUGAAAGCAGCUAGCCUGCAGUGUCUCUCAGCAAUGGUGUGGUUCAUGGGAAAAUUCUUAUACAUUUUUGGUGCUUUUGAUGAGAUUGUGCAAGUGACCUUAGACAACUAUGAGCCAGAUAUACAUGACGAUGAAAGAGGAGAACCACAACAUAACUGGGUGGAUGAAGUUGUUAGAUCUGAAGGAAGAAGUGCUUUUGUCAGUUAUGAUACUAGUUCUAACUGCAGGAUCAUCAGGUCGCGGCCAGAGAAAAAAGACCCUUCUCUUUUGACUAGGGAAGAGAUUGAGACGCCUAGUGUUUGGGCUCAAAUAUGCAUUCAAGGAAUGGCUGAACUAGCAAAAGAGAGUACCACUGUGCGCCAAGUAUUGGAUCCAAUGUUUGUUUAUUUUGAUUCUGGAAGGCACUGGGUUCCUCAGCAAGGGUUGUCCACAGCAGUUCUGUCUGAUAUGUGCUACUUACUGGAAAGUUCAGGGCAUCAACAGUCGGUGUUAGCUGCUGUUAUACGCCAUCUUGACCACAAAAAUGUUACACAUGAUCCACAACUCAAAUCUCAUGUCAUACAAGUUGCUGCAACUUUGGCCAAGCAAAUUAGAUCAGAAGUAGUGCUGGCUGAAAUUGGAUUUGUCAGUGAUCUAUGCAGGCAUCUGAGGAAAAGUUUUCAGGCCACAAUUGAAUCUGCAGGAGAGCAAGAGUUGAAUUUGAAUAUUUUGCUCCAGCAUUCUAUUGAAGAUUGCUUACUUGAAAUUGUUAAAGGGAUUGGGAAUGCACAGCCACUGUUUGACAUGAUGGCCAUAACACUUGAGACAUUACCAUCUGCUGGAGUUGUUUCUCAUGCAACCAUUGGUUCAUUGAUUAUUCUUGCUCAUAUGAUCUCAUUGUCAUCAGUCUCUUCUCGUCCACAGCAGGGUUUUCCAGAAUCACUUCUUGUCCAACUUUUGAAAGUAAUGCUGCAUCCAGAUAUUGAGGUGCGAGUUGGAGCACACCAGAUAUUCUCAAUGCUUCUUAUUCCAAGCUCUAGUCAUCCGCGCCAGGGAGUAGCAUCUUUGCGAUCUGGUUAUAUAUGUGAACCAAGGCAUCCCAGUACUGCAUCUGCAUUUUCAUCUAUAGCAGCAUUACUUGAGAAGCUUCGGCGAGAGAAGGAUGGUGGCAGAAUGGACAAGCAUAGGAAUAAUGUUUCUGAUGAUCACAAAGAAAAAGCCUUUUUAGAAGAAGACUGGAAGCAGGGGCGACCUCGAAAGGCUUCUCCUAAUUUUUACAAAAUAAGUUCUAUUAUUGACAGAACCUCUGCUACAAGUUUGGUUGAGACGGAGCCAUACGUCAUGAAGCUUAGUGAGGAUCAAAUUACACUGUUGCUGUCUGCCUUCUGGAUACAAGCCAAUCUUCCAGACAACUUGCCCUCCAAUUUUGAAGCUAUAGCUCAUUCAUUCACGGUCACGGUUAUUUCCUCACGGUUAAAGGGCCCAAGUGACAGCCUUGUUGUCCGUUUCUUUCAGCUGCCCCUAUCUCUCAGAAGUUUAUCCGUUGAUCCUCACAACGGGAUGCUACAGCCAGCAUGCCAGAGAUCAAUAUUUGUAUUAUCAACCGAAAUGUUAAUGUUUGUUGCUAAAAUAUAUCAAAUUCCCGAGUUGAAUGACCAACUCAAGCAAUUACUAUCAAGUGAUAUUGAUCCUUAUCUUGGCAUUAAUGGCGACCUUCAAUUAUAUACAAAGCCUCAGAUGGAUUUGGGAGAAUACGGUUCCCUCUCUGAUAAUCAAUUAGCUUCAUCAUUACUUCUAGAGUUGCGGAACAAAGUAUUUGAAUCGGACAAGGUCAUAAUUGACACCUUAAUCCAGAACCUACUGAAUGCUACUGAGCUGGAGGCUGAUGAUCUGGCUAGGCAAUUAUCGGAACCAUUCACUCCUGAUGAUGCAUUUGUCUUUGCACCGCGAUCACUACUUGAUGUGGACCACAACCAAAUGGUUGCUCAUUCUAAGGAAUCACUCUCCUUCGAUGAGGAUAUUCCAACAAGCUCAUUGGCUGAGGAUGACACAUUAAGCGAAGCAUCUGUUGCAGACAUGUCCCGUUUCAUUCCUAAAAUGCCAUCAUCGCCUUCCGUUUCCCAUGUUAUUAGUAUCGGGCAACUUUUGGAAUCGGCACUUGAGGUAGCUGGUCAAGUGGCAGGAGCGUCUAUCUCUACGUCACCCCUCCCAUAUAACACCAUGGCUAAACAGUGCGAAGAUCUAGGCAAAGGCACACGUAAUAAGCUCUCCAAUUGGUUGGCUCAUGAAUACCAUUACAAUCGUGAAGCUAACAAAUGUUUGCCAGCUGCAAACGGAUUCCCUGCACUAGAGAAGAUAAUGAAUAGCGUGGAGAUGGAUCAAACAGCCAUCAAGCCGAUAGGUCCAUGCUUGGCGAUGAGGCUUCCCCCGGCCAGUCCGUUUGAUAACUUCAUGAAAGCUGCCGGAUGUUGAAAGAAUCGAGCAGCGUUCAUGCAUCUGUUGUGUGAUCUAUGUUGUAAAAUUUCUUUAGGUAGAAGUUAGAAUUUGUAGGCUGCUCCUUAGUUCAGUUUGCUAAUGUAUUAGUUUUAUGACUUUUUGAAUGAUGGCCGAGAGAUUGAUGAGUUGGUUCGAAUGGUUUAGGCCAAUUGACAAAUUGUGUAAUUGAUGUCUCUUUUGUAUUUCUUGUAGUUUUGUAUCAAAGUAUGUUUAAAUGCCGGGUAAUUGAUCCUGGAGAUCACUGUACUUUCGAAUAUUUUCAUUUCAGUUACUAAACUAUUUUUUUUUCA